AUGGGUGAUGAAACACGUAAUAAUCAUGAGGAGAAUAGAAGAACUAUGUAUGAAUUGUUGCAUCCCACACAAAAUUCUGUUCCUUCAUGCAUCGUGUUUCCACCUAAUGCACCACAUGUAGAACUGAAACAAGGUUUAUUAGCAAUACUUCCUGACUUUAGGGGACAAGAAAAUGAAAAUCCUUAUGUCCAUGUUAGAGCUUUUGAAAAGGUAAUUAGUAGUUUCUAUGCACAAAAUGUUAUUGAGACUGCUAAGUUACGUUUCUUUCCUUUUUCACUUAAGGAUAAGGCAAGAAGUUGGCUUUACACCUUGAAACCUAGGUCUAUAGAUUGGAGGUUGGUUAGCUAUUUUUAUGAAGGACUUACACCUAGGGAUCGACAGUUUGUUCAACUCUCAUACGGAGGGGACUUUUUACAAAAAGAACCCGAAGAUGCAAUGGAUUAUCUUGAUGAGAUAGCUGAAAACUCUAACACAUGGACUGGACCUAGCCCUAUGGACUCCACUGAUAGGACUAGAACUAACACUACCACUUCUAGUGGAAGUGUUUUCAAGUUGAGGGAAGAUGAUAACAUGAGUGCAAAAAUCAGCAUGUUAACUAAAGAAAUUGAGGCACUCAAAAUGAAAGGAAGUAAGAGUGUUAGUGCUACCUUUAGAGAGGACCCAAUGGAGGUGUGUAAAAUUUGUCAUGAGAUAAACCAUGCUACAAAUGAAUGUGCAUCACUUUCAUCAUUCUUAAAUGUGCCAGAAGAACAAAGUGACAAUGUGUUGAAUCCUCCUGCUCCAAGGAAUUUUAAUUCACCACAUUCAUCAUCAUCAUCAUCAUCAUCAUCAUCUAGACCUUCCUUGGAGGAUGCACUUAGUACUUUCAUUCAAAGGCAAAGUAAGCAAAAUCAAAAAUUUGAAUCCAUGCUCACUAGGCUAGAUGAAGAGGUAAGAGAGACCAAGAGUCAUAUAACUAGGCUUACAAAUUCAUUGAGUGGGAUAGAGAGAGGGGAGCUUCCUUCCCAAACUCAACCCAAUCCCAUCAAUCAAAAUCUAAAAAUUGGCUCUAAGGAUAAACAUGAGGAAGUAAAAGCUGUGACCAUUUUGAGGAGUGGUAAAGAGAUUAAUAAAAGUUCUCCUUUAGUAACUAAGAAAUCUAAAGAGACCCCAGUUGAAAAAGAGAAAGAUGAAACUGAGUCACUUGGAUUUGGUGAAAUUGAACAAUGCCCAAUGCCUCCACCAUUCCCACAAGCCUUAAAAUUACAUAGGAAUUUGGACACCGCAUCUGAGAUAUUAGAGCAUUUGCAUCAAGUCAAGAUAAAUUUGCCAUUAUUGCAUGUUAUCAAGCAAGUGCCUGCAUAUGCCAAGGUAAGUGCAGUUAUUCAACAUAAGACCUCGCCAAAGUAUAAGGAUCCAGGUUGUCCUACGAUCUCUUGUACUAUUGGAGAUUACAUCAUGGAGCAUGCAUUGCUAGAUCUUGGGGCAAGUGUUAAUUUGAUCCCUUUCAGUGUAUAUCAAAAACUUGGACUUGGUGAGUUGAAACCUACUUCAAUAACUUUACAGUUGGCUGAUCGCUCUGUAAUGGAACUGAGAGGGAUUGUUGAGGAUGUGUUGGUGAAAAUUGAACAAUUUUAUUAUCCUGUUGAUUUUAUUGUUCUAGAUUACCAACUUGUUUUACAUCCUAAUGUUCAUACCCCUAUUAUUUUGGGUAGACCUUUUCUUGCCACAGCUAAUGCUUUAAUUAAUUGCAGGAAUGGGAGAAUGCAACUCACUUUUGGUUCCAUGACUUUGGAGCUAAACAUAUUUCAUGUGGCUAAACAACCACAUAAGGAUGAUGACUGUGCUUAUGUGAACCUCAUUGGGGCGGUGGUUCAAGAAGAGUUUAAUAAGAAAUGUUUUUCUGAUCCUUUUGAAACUCUUCUUAAUAAUUCUGUUGGUUCUUAUGAUUUAGAAUGUGAUAUUCAUGUAUCUAAAAAUUUUUCUUUGUUGGAUUCCUCACAGGUUUUGGAAGAACAACAGAUGAUGGCAAUUAAUAAAGGGUGGAAGCCUUGCUUUAAGGAGAUACUAAAAAAUGAAAAAAAGCUCGUGCAUUCAAGUGAAGAGGCACCACAGCUGGAGCUUAAGCCGCUGCCCGGUGGUCUUAAAUAUGCAUAUUUAGGCACAGGUAAGUUAAAACCUAGGUGGGAUGGCCCUUUCAUUGUAAAGGAAGUGUUUAACUAUGGAACUGUAGUAGUUGAGGACCCUAAAGGUGGUAGGAUUUUGAAAGUAAAUGGACAAAGGUUAAAACCAUUCUUAGGGGGAGUUAUACCAGAGGAGGAGACUAUGUCACUAAAGAUCCCUGCCUAUUGGGAUGCUACGUGA